AUGAGCAACAAGUACAGUGCACCGGAAAAAGCCUCUGGAGCACAGAAAAAGGAGAUUGCGGUGACUAAUAAUGUUAAUACCGAUAUCACAAAGGUGAAGAUAUGCUCUGGUCAUACGAGACCCAUUUGCCACAUUAACUACAGCGAAAUAAUUGAUGGAACAUUUUGGUUUGUUACCUCUUGUCACGAUGCCAAACCUAUGCUGCGUAAUGGUGAAACAGGUGACUGGGUUGGCACUUUUGAGGGCCAUAAAGGCGCGGUGUACUGUUCAGUGUUCAACCAAGAUGCCACUCGUUUGGUAACAGGGAGUGGUGAUUAUUCUUCAAUGAUAUGGAAUGCAAUUACUGGAGAAAAGCUGCAUACGUGGAGCCAUCCAAAAUACAUAAAAUCCUGUGAUUGGAUCGAAAACAAAAUUGCCACUGGGUGCUUUGAUGGUUUAGUCCGUAUUUUUGAUGCCAAUGAUUAUAAUGCCGAGCCGCUUAGCUUUGACAGCCCAGAAAAGGUAAAUCAGGUAAAAUCAACUUAUUUUAUUGACCCCACAACAAUGGUAACGGCCUGUGAAAACGUCAUUAUGAAAUGGGACCUUCGUGAUACAUCUCGUCCCUACCUAAGGAAGGAAAUCCCCGGUCUUAACUUUCUUGAGUACACCCAUCACCACUGCAUUGUCGCAGCCCAUGAGAAAAGCGUUUCAUUCAUUGACACCACUACGUUAGAAAUUAAGAGCUCAUUUACCACCAACGAAGACGUGGAAUGCGCAUCGCUUUCACCAAACGGACAGAACGUGGCGGCAGGCUCGAAACUCAAGGCAAAGGAGUUCACGCUAGACGGUGCUGAACUAGAAUCUCACAGAGGUCAUCACGGACCUAUUUUCCACAUUCGCUGGGCACCAGAUGGAAAGUCAUUCGCUUCGGGCGCAGAGGAUGGAAUGGCUCGCAUCUGGCCCUCACAUGACAUCAUUCAAGUGUACGAUGGCGAUAAUUAA